CGCCGCCCCGAGCCGGGCGGGCGGGAUGCGGCGAGCCGAGCUCCGGGAGGGGGAGGCGGCGGCCGCCUCGUACCGGGUGCUCAGCCGGCUGCUGGGCUAUGGCGCCGGGGGGCCGCAGCCGGGCGGCGGCUGCAAGGGCCCCGCUGAGGAGGGCGGCGCGGCCGGGGGGCCGCCGCCGAGGGGCUCCCGCCCGCCGCCGCAGCUCAUGGUGUUCCGCAACGUGGGGCGGCCGGGCGAAGCGGGCGGCGGCCCCGGCCCCUCGGAGCUGCUCUGCCCGCGGCACCGCUGCGCCCUGGAGCCCAAGGGGGACCCGCGCUGGGGCGGGCUCCCGCCGGCCGGGCUGGAGCUGCAGCUGGCGGCGCUGGAGCUGCAGCGCGGGAAGGCGCCCGGCGGCGGCGGCGGCGGCUGCCCCUGCCUCCGCCUGCUGCCCGCGCCGGGCGGCCCGGCCGCCGAGGAGACCAGCGACGCGCUGCUGGUGCUGGAGGCGCUGGAGCCCGACGAGGCCGAGAGCUGCUCCCAGGAGGGGCCGGGCAGCCCGGGCCGGGCCGGGGCCGGCGUGGGGGGGAAGGCGGGGGGCCGGGCCCAGCCGCCGGCCGCCGCCGGGCCCCUCGGCGCUCGGAAGGGCUCGCUCAAAAUCCGCCUCAGCCGCUUCUUCCGCACCAAGAGCUGCAGCGGCGCCUCGGCCGGGGGGGAGCCCACCGACGUGUCCAGCCCCCGGGGCCGGGAGCAGGACGCGGGCAGUAGGAAACCCCGAUUGACAAGAACUCAAAGUGCCUUUUCUCCGGUUGCUUUCAGCCCCCUCUUCACAGGUGAAACUGUGUCACUAGUGGAUGUGGACAUCUCCCAGCGAGGACUGACUUCGCCUCACCCUCCGACGCCUCCACCUCCACCACGGAGAAGCCUCAGCCUGCUAGAUGAUAUCAGUGGGACGCUGCCUACAUCUCUUCUAGUGGGUCCGAUGGGGUCUUCCCUGCAGUCUUUCCCUCUGCCUCCACCUCCUCCACCCCAUGCCCCAGAUACAUUUCCCCGGAUUGUUCCGUUCAAACCGACAGAGGCAGUGAACAGCCAGACCACCCAGCAUCUUCAGUGUCCUCUCUACCGACCAGACGCAAGCAGCUUUGCAGCUAGCUUGCGAGAACUGGAAAAGUGUGGUUGGUACUGGGGACCAAUGAACUGGGAAGACGCGGAAAUGAAGCUGAAGGGGAAACCAGAUGGAUCCUUCCUGGUACGAGACAGUUCCGACCCUCGUUACAUCCUGAGCUUAAGCUUUCGAUCACAGGGUAUCACCCAUCACACCAGAAUGGAGCACUACAGAGGAACCUUCAGUCUGUGGUGUCACCCCAAAUUUGAGGAUCGCUGCCAGUCUGUGGUGGAAUUUAUAAAGAGAGCAAUCAUGCACUCGAAAAAUGGGAAGUUCCUUUACUUUCUGCGAUCUAGGGUUCCAGGUCUCCCUCCAACACCUGUCCAGCUCCUGUAUCCUGUCUCCAGGUUCAGCAAUGUCAAAUCCCUUCAGCACCUUUGCCGCUUCCGGAUCAGGCAACUUGUCCGCAUAGACCACAUUCCAGAGCUCCCACUGCCCAAGCCUUUGAUCUCCUACAUCCGGAAGUUCUAUUACUACGACCCCCAAGAGGAGGUGUAUCUGUCGCUGAAGGAAGCUCAGCUGAUUUCAAAACAGAAGCAGGAGACUGAAUCCUUGACGUAGCAAGGCUGCCUCGCCCAUCUUGUCACUGUCACAGACGGAAUUUGCUUGCUGAGAUCCCGUAGCAAAGAGCCUAAGCAAAGCUACAGCAGAAAGGAGGCCCGAGAAGGGGGAAGCCUGCCUGUGCAGUAGUGACUUCUGCUUGCAAGUUCUUUUGUCCUCUGAAGAGGAUUCAGGACCCCUAAGAAGCACAGCAGCAUGGAAAUGAGAGCUCUGGCUCCUGGUUUGAGGAUGGAGCCUUUGACAGCAAGUGAACUGGAUCCCAGACUCCUCACAGAACGGAGAACGUCAUGGCCCUAUUUCCGUUUUAAGUUUUUAUUUCCGGUGUUUCCAUUUCUCAGCAUGGGAAAUAUUGUCUUUAAGAGCAGCUGGAUUUUGUUACACUCAAAUCUGCGGUGUAAGGGAAGAGAGGGAUCUUGCAGCAAGAGUAUCCAAUCCAGCCAUCCUGGUGAAACUGCUCUUUGGCUACCAUCCGUGUGGCUGUGGCCAAAGAGCUCUUGGGAAGCAAACUGAGCCAGAUUCAUAUGCAGCUAUGUAGAAUAAUUGGGGGGGGGGGGGAAGGAAGCACUCAAACAGUGUGCAACUGUGUAGAUCCUGUGCUUUCUAUGAGACGGUGCAAGAGCCAAACCUAGCCUCGAGUAGCCAAGUUUUCCUACUGGAUUGCAGAGUGGUCCUGUGCGCUUUCACAUCCUACCCAAGGAGGGGAACAGAGCGUUCUCCAUUCAAAUGUUCUGAAGCCUUCUGCCAGUAGAAUAGUUUGUAGUAUUGCAGGGCAAGAGGCUAUCAGCCACCCAGCAAAUGCCAGAAGAUCUAGCCCAAGAGUUUUUCAGGCUAAAGUCCUUUACUGUUCCUCCUAUGGAAUCUGGCAAAGCUGUUGUCUAAAUUCCAGCAGUCCAUGAGUCAAGGGCAUUCCUGCCUCACUGAAGCAAUCUCAGCACUGCAGAGCCAUGGGGAUUUUUGAUAUGGCCUUUGUGCUGGCUAUUCCCAAAAGUUGUGAAUGAAAAGGCUUUUUAAUCAAAGAAGCCGCGUCAGAUCCUGACAACUAAUUGCGAAGGCCGUUGUGGGACAUCUCUGAGACUCAACAGACAGGAACACAUUUUUCACCCUGAUCCUAGGUUAGGUGGGAUGAUUCCAAUUAUUUUGGGAUCAUCCUUCUCUCCUGAGACAGCUUCCUGAUCUUCCUGUGAGGGUGAUGCUCUGUAUUUCUAGCCUUUCUGGUGAUGAACUAGAAUGUGGUGAUCUGGGAGUAUUGCCGCACAGAACAAUUCCUGAAGAUGGGGCCAGUAACAGGAGAGCUAAAACUGUGUUGCUUCUACGGCAUUUGCCAUGUGUCUCCUAAAUUUUCCAUGGCUUAAUGGGUUUGGCACUAGUAAUAGCUCUUUCAUCUCAAGGAGCAUAGUCUGCUGCUGGCUUUACAGCUGCUGCGGAGUUGUUUUCAUGGCAAAAUGUAGCGUCUGCCCUUUGGGAAUGAGACCUUUCUAAGGAGGGAUCGCGCGUCCUGUAUAUUUAAACUAAAAAUUCCUCUCAACGUGACGGCUGCACACCUCCCCUCCCAGCAGCCUGGUGAUCUGGAAGUUGUGAUGUUUGUGUCUGGCACUCUGGGUUGCAGUCGUCUUACCUGGCAGUCCUUUAGCUGAGUUCUGAGUGUCCCAUAUGUUAGAUGUAGCAGUUUGUGAGCCUUUAGGAUUCACACCGUUCCUUAAGGAAUGAUGUACAUAUUGAGGUUUGAGAGAGUAGCAUGAAAUCUGCCUGGCUUUCUGUAAAGAGCUCCUAUAUAGGGGGCUGGAGGCCAGGGCUCUUCCUUUCCUGUGUAAAUGAGCACAGCUUAACUUCCGGAUGAAACCACAACAAGGCUUAAGCAGUCUCUAGAAAUACCUCGUCUGAAAACAUUUGCUACUGAAUCUGCACACCUAUUUGGGCAGGGGAUAGCAGAGAGGGAGGAAUGCCCUAUGAGACUGAUCAUUUACAGUAUGUCUACACUGCCCCCCCAAAAAACUAACCCAUGACUGCAAGUCUCAGAGCCUGGGUCGGGCUCCUGGGGGCUGAAAAAGCAGUGUAGAUGUUCCUUCUUUGUGCUGCAGUUCAGGCCCUGAGACCCACCUCCCUGUCCAGGUUUCAGAGCCCAAGUGGGAACGUCUAUGCUGCUAUUUUUAACCUGUUGAUUUGGGCUCUGAGACUUGCUACUUUGGGUUAUUGCAAUGUAGACAACGCUGUAGCAUGUCUUGUUCCCUUGUGAUAUCUGGGCUCUUUAGGUCCAUAGCACAACAUGACCCACCAGUGAUGCCUCCAAAAGUUUAAUCUCUCUCAUGAAUCCUACCUUCUCCCUCGUUCUCCCCCGCCAGCUGGAGAUUUGCAGUUCACAUAUAGUCGUGGGCAUGGUUAAGAUUAAGGCGCACACAGCAAGUUGGGACGAAUGCUCCACAGCUUGAAAAUCCAGCCAUGCCCCUUGGAUGCACAAGACUGAUUGCAUUUUCCUUUACAGUGAGAGAUGGCCUGGAUGUGACCGCGAUCCCUAGAUGUGUAGCCCCUCCAGCUUUGAUGCACCUCAUCCUAGCCAUGGAUCGAAAUCCAACUGUUCAACCUCCAGCAAAUUCAUACACUGGAAAAAAAUCUGCUCCCCCAGAGUGACUGCAAAGGAGGAUCUGACGCCUCCAAAAUGUCUGUAAAUUUAUGUGCAGCUGCAGACUGACAGCUUAUUAGCCUUCCCUCUAAUUGGACAGCUCUGCGAGGCACUGGAUUGGGAGAGCACUGCGGAGUGCGAAGGAGCUGGCUGUUGGAUUCAGAUGGUCCCUUGUUUUCCGCCAGCCGUGGGGAACACUUGCAAUCAACAUGGGUCUGGGAGCCUUGCGGGUCUGCUCAUAAAGAGUCGAGGAAGGACCUCCCCCCCCCACCACCACCACUAAAUUUGGAAGAUGUCUGUGCUGUUUCCCACAUACCUCCCCCCCAGUUCUUUCUGGAGCUGAUAAAGAUUUAAGCUGUCGAACUGAUGCUGGAUUUGGGGAAGCAAGGUGGAGACUUAAAUAGCCAGGCUGGAAAAAGAAGAGGAAAUGCAUUUGGAAUGGCCAAACACUGAAAUAACCCAUAGAGUGAGCUAGUAUCCCUAAAUGGGAUUGUCUGGGCGGGGAAUUUUUUUUUUGGAGGGGGCGGGAUAAAAACGCACAAAUCUACACCCCAGCAUUGGCUGGUUUAAAGAGAAAUGCUGAUCUUGGCUAUUCUCACCUCUUCGUUUUCUGGCAUGUUUUAAUUCUCCACUUCCCUCUCCUUUUGUAAGCCCUGUGCAAGUACUGAGCACUUGUUCCUGCUGAGCCAUUAAGUCCUAGGGCAGGUCGUGUACAUAAAACAUCAGGAGCAGUCCAAGAAGCAAGGUAACCUUUUGUAAUGCUGUUGCGUCUGUAUUUGGUCUGCUGCGAGCAUCCUCGAAAAGGAAUUUCCCCCAUGGGCUGUUUGGCAAUUUUUGCUGGUACUUGAAACUUGAACACUGCAGUGGGUGAGCGUUCUAGCCGGAUGGUGGUCGACUAACAAGGGCUGUGGCCUGCAUCCUUGAGCUGUUGGUCAGUUGCUUUAUUUUCUCUGCCUGGUGCCAGGGAUUCCUUGGUAUGGAAUGGAAUGCUGUCUGCUACUGAGCAUAGGAGGUGCCUCUGUUAGUGGAAGCCUUAGUCUUGCCAACAGGUAUCCUUAAGGCACCUUGCAAGAGUCAGAAGCUUAUCGCAAUUUUACUAGCCUGUACUUUUUCCAUGGAGAAACGAACAAGGCUUUACCAGUCAGCAAAUUACUCUGGGCAAGUAUAAUUUAUAAGGCUCAACUUUAGUUGCCUUCAACAGUAGGAAACUCCACCAAACUGUUACCAGGGCUUGCAGGGUUCUGCAUGCUAUAUCUUUAAAUGGGCUAAUCUGGAGCAUGUCUCAUUUCUUACGCAAGAUCAUUUUAGUGGUUCUGUGUUGAAUGGAGGCAGGCAUAGAAGCAAUGCACUGUGUAAGGGUGACAGGGUGCUACACACGUGCCCUGUAAAUUUACCCCACCUUCACAUUUCUCUGGCAUAGCCAAGCAAAGGGAGGCACAUGUACUGCAUAACCAUUCUGCUGCCUCUUUAGUAUCGCUUGGAUAACAUUCUCUAUGCUCUUGCAGUAAACUCUUUUGAAAUCCAUCUUUAAAAGAAGUUAAUAUUGAAAGCACCUCAUCACUUCAUGACUAGGUUUCUGAGCUGGUAGCUCUUCCUGCUGGAGCAAUGGGAACUUCAUAGACUCCAGCAGCAGAUAUAAACAUUUUUUACUGCUCCAAUUCAGAGACCAUCAAAGUCUGAGGGGAAUGGACAGACUUCUCUCUCCAAAUGGGCACUGUUCUUCCUUACUGGAUGUAGCAGGCCUGUGGAUGGAGAUCUUAUAGGUGACCUGUUCCUAGUUCCCAUUUUGUCAGUGAUCCCUGUCCCCAUGCAGGGAGGAACAUUUCACAUUUUUAUGAGAAUUUUUUGUUGUAGAUUAGUGGGCUUAUCUAGAUUUAAAGGGACACUAUCAACUUGAUUCUCUUAGUUACUUGGAGUGUCCUUUAGUGUCCUGAUCUGAUUCCUUUAAGAAAAAGUAAGUUUGAUAAAUUUAUAAAUAGGAUUAUAUGAUGGGUUUGCCUGUGAUAGCAGGGAACUGGAUGAGAUGACCUAACGAGGUCCCUCAGAGUCCUGUAACCAUGGGGGUUUUUCUGCUGCAGAUUAUUGGGGCCCUAUUUAGUAAAGGAGAAUUUGACUAUUGAUGGGGCGAGGGAGAUGGAUCAUGAAACUGACUAAUAUUGAAGUGCUGUCAAAUGCACAAAUUAAAGUUUGAAAAAUCUCUUCCAUGAUCUUUUCAAGGAUGCUGAUCUUUGAUGUUGUAACUACAGCUUGUACAAAAUUUCCAGUCAAAAGGAUUCAAGUUGGCAAGGUGCCUUUGAAGGCAGCUAGCUCAAACCCCAAAUUUGUCCAGUUGCAUACGUCACCAUCUUUCUUUUUACAGCAGCAGUGUCUAUAGCUAGUGAGACGACUUGACUUUCUCCUGGGGAGUAAACUUUCUUUUAAUAAAAAAAAAAAAGCAACUGUGUUUUGAGCAUCAGGUGCAAUUGACAUACGAGAACAACCUGACAUGGGAAGAGGGAAGAACAUAGUUGAUGUCCCCAGUGAUGUUACACUGCAGACAUUUUCACUCGUGAGAUGUUAGUUUAGGAAGCCAGCUGUCACCUUUAAAGCUUAAGCAGGGGGCUCAGGAUUUGAAUUGUGGGGCUCCCAUACUUAAGUCAAAAACUAAGUGUAGAAAUUUUGAAGACCUCUUCUCUGAAGGGGAAACCAUGUAAGGAGGCAGUGCUCAAUCAAAUGGUGUUUCAAAUAUUUGGUUCAGUCUUCAAACCCAUUUCAGGAACCAGCUGCUUCUGGGGCUAAAAGAGCAAAAGCUGAAUCCUGGUUGGGUUGGGUGUGUUGCAGCUGGGCUAUAGUGUCCCCCUGAUGCUAGGGAGGGAAUUUCUACUCUUGCUGCAUGUUUUCCAGGCAUGUGGCACCACAUUACACAUCCAGCACUUGAAGACCCCAAAACUGAUCAGGAAUGAACACGGGACUGUGUCACUGUGUCCCUCUGGCAAUUGGGCUUGUACCUCUUUGGUGACACCAGCCAGGCACGUGGUCACGUAUCUUGUAGGGUAGACAAGUACAUAAGCUCAGUGAAGAGGCUUACAACAGCUGUUUAUAGAUCUGAGCAGGAUCGGGGAAUUCUAGUGCAGAUGAUGGCCAGCGGUGGGAUUUUUCUGGCUCGCUGUAGGGCUGGCAAUGAGGGAAUCCAAGCAGCAGAAUUUGCUGAAGGAGUCAUCUAACUGGCUAAACUUACAGGGUGUGGGAGGAAUUGGCUUGUGCCCUUUCUCAGUUCAUCACAAUUUGUAAAUAAGGCCUCAGGUUUGACUUGUAUCCUACUGUUAAAAUCACUGUCAGGUCUAGGCCUCCCUGUUAGAGCACUCUUUGGAGAUCUCGGAUGUGUAUCCAGCCAUCUCAGCUUUCAGUUGAACUUUUCACAAUCCUAGUUGCCCCAUAGCAUCUUCUAGGUAAAACUGGGUAGAUGAGACCUGAAGUUCUAAUCUACCAAUUAGGGGCAGGUGAGUCCCAAGGGCAUAGCUAGGUGUUAGACCUGGGUUCCGUCUCUCUGCCACUGACUUGCCACAGUGAUACCUUGGUCAAGUCUCUUAAAUGCUGUGCCUGAUUCCCCAGUUGUAAAAUGGGGCGAAAGAUGCUUCCUUUUACGUGCUUUGAGAUGAAAAAUGCUAUAGGUGCUAUCAAGAAAAAUGCAGGCAAACUCGCGCGUGCUCUCAAAACGAAACAAA